GGAAGCAGCACGGCAGCUGAUAUAGCUCCUAGCUAAUGAUUAAUGGCCUGUCCCUCCCUGCUGGGUGAUAUAUACCGGUAGAUCAGGGAGCUGGAGAGUACUAUAAUCCCCCCAGGAGUGAGAGAGACGCGCCUGUGUGCCCUGCCUGUGCCCCGAGAUGAGCAGGGGUGCCAUCAGGGCACUGGUGCUGUGCCUGGCACUGAACAGCGCCUAUCCUGGGUGUGCAGAGAAUGUCUGGCUCCGGUUUGCCCAGCUCCCCUUCCCUCAGGAUGCCCAGUUCCUUUAUGACACCUUUCCAUUGGACUUCAUGUGGGCAGUGGGCACCGCUGCCUACCAGGUGGAGGGGGGCUGGCAGCAGGAUGGCAGGAAGCCCUCCAUCUGGGACACUUACUGCCGCAAGGAAGCGAGUUGUGGCGGGAAUGUGGCCAGCGACAGCUACAACAAACUGUACAGAGACACUGCUGCCCUGCAGAUGCUGGGGGUCUCCAGCUACAGGUUCUCCAUCUCAUGGUCACGGCUCUUCCCAAACGGGACAGGGGCAGGUGCCAGCCAGGCCGGGUACUCCUACUACAGGGCACUCAUUGACAGGCUGAAGGAGCUGCACAUACAGCCUGUGGUCACCCUCUACCACUGGGACCUGCCGCAGAGGCUGCAGGACCUCUAUGGGGGGUGGCUGAAUGACGCUAUGGUGGGCAUCUUUGAGGCCUAUGCUGAGGCAUGCUUCCAGAUGUUUGGGAAUGAUGUAAAGUACUGGAUUACCAUUGACAAUCCCUAUGUGGUGGCUUGGCAUGGCUAUGGCACUGGCACCAUGCCCCCCAACAUCAAAGGAGAUAAAUUACUCGGGUAUAGAGCUGGGCACAAUCUCAUUAAGGCUCAUGCUCGUGUCUGGCAUCUCUACAACAAAAAAUUCCGUUCUCUGCAAAAAGGACGAGUGUCUAUAGCGCUGGCCUCUCAUUGGAUCACACCUUUGAACAUGACCCAAAACAGCUUCCGUGAAUGUCAAAAAUCCCUGGAUUUCGUGCUGGGAUGGUUUGCUAGACCAAUAUUUAUAGACGGGGAUUAUCCUCAAUCCAUGAAGAGCAACCUAUCUUUCCGUCUGCCUGAUUUUACAGAGGAGGAGAAGAGGUUCAAUAAAGGAACAGCUGACUUCUUUGCUCUGUCCUUUGGACCGAUUCUGAGUUUUCAGCUGUUGGAUCCGGACAUGCAUUUCAGACAGAUGGAGUCUGUGGAGUUGCGGAUGCUACUGUACUGGAUCAAAAUGGAGUACAACCAGCCACCAAUAUUUAUUGUGGAGAACAGUUGGCUUAUUGCAGGUUAUACGAAGUUGGAGGAUGCAAAUUAUAUGUAUUACCUCAAGAAGUUUGUCGUGGAAACUUUAAAGGCAAUUAGAACGGAUGGAGUAGACAUUAUUGGAUACACUGCCUGGUCUCUCAUAGAUGGUUAUGAGUGGCACAGAGAGUUCAAGGUCAGGCGUGGACUAUUUUAUGUCAAUUUUUCAAAUCCCAGCCAGGAGCUGAUGCCUAAAUCCUCAGCAUUGUUUUAUCAGCAGCUCAUUAAGAAGAACGGAUUCCCACCGUCACUGGAGGAUCAAACAGUCACAGGAACUUUUCCCUGCAAUUUUGCUUGGGGUAUUACUGCAAGCACAAUACAGAUUGAUACAACGCUAUCCCAAUUUAACGACCCGAGUGUCUAUAUAUGGGACAUGAAUAAGACAAAGGCUCUUGCUAAAGUAGAAGGCCUUAAAGUUCCCAGAAGAAAAACUCAUUGUGCUGACUAUGCUUCUAUUAGGCUACAAAUAUCUAUGCUGCGCUCAACACACGUCUCCCAUUUUUACUUCUCCCUGAAAUGGACUUCAAUCCUUCCUCAUGGAAACACUUCCCAGAUCAACCACAGUGUUUUACACUACUACCAGUGUUUCCUCAAUGAACUUGUCCGGGCCAAUAUUACACCAGUGGUUGCCCUAUGGCAGCCUAUGGCCGAGCACCAGGGAAUGCCUAUAAAGCUCUUUACAGUGGGAGGAUGGAAGGACGCUCGCACCGUCAAUGCAUUCGUUGAGUAUGCCAGGCUAUGUUUUAAAGAACUUGGAAAAUAUGUGGGCAUCUGGAUAACCAUGCAUGAGCCCCUAAUGAGAAACCACACCUCAGGUGAAGUACACAACCUCCUGAAGGCCCAUGCUAACGUUUGGCACUUGUAUGACAAAGAAUUUCGAAAAUCGCAGAAAGCAAAGAUCUCUUUGGCUCUUCAUACUGAUUGGGUGGAACCAGCUUCUCCCUUUUCUAGGAGUGACAACAACACCAGUGAGAGGAGUUUAGAAUAUGACAUCGGUCGACUAGCAGAGCCAAUAUUUCUCAGCGGAGACUACCCUAAAUUGGUGCGUGAAUGGCUAAGCCUGAAGAGCAGUGGUUUCAUGUUUGACACUAAUUUACCGCAUUUCACGGAAGAGGAAAAGCACAUGAUCCGAGGGACUUGUGACUUUUUCGCUUUGACCCAUUAUACUACUGAACUUGUGCAAAGGGAGAUGGUGAACGGUAACAGAUAUGAUCGUUUAUUUGAAACCCAAUUUAUUACAGAUAUGACUUUCUUACACUCCCCACAAAAGAAUGCUGUGGUUCCAUGGGGACUAAGAAAAAUCUUAAAUUGGAUAAAAUCCAAGUAUGGCAAUAUCCCAAUCUAUAUACUAGCAAAUGGAAUCGACGAUGGUCAACUGGAGGAUAAGCUAAGGGUCUAUUACAUGCAGCACUACAUUAACGAAGCAUUAAAAGCAACCGUGAUAGAUGGAGUGGAUCUCCGCGGAUACUUUGCGUAUGCUUUCACUGACAAGAUGGAUCCCCAGUUGGGCAUGUUCAAAUAUGUCGCCAAUAAGUAUGAGUCAAAAAACUCAAAGAGCCUAUACAUGAAGAUCAUAGACAGUAAUGGAUUUCCGGGCCCUGAAACGACUCCAUCCCCUUGUCCAGAGGAGAUUUUGGAAUGUUUAGACUGCCACCAUUUUCAGACCAGAAAAUAUUUACUGGCUUUCGUGGCUUUUGUAUGUUUUACUUUUGUUCUCUCUGUCUGUAUGAUCACAUAUUAUUCAAAAAAGGGCAAAAGGAGAUAUUAGUAGUAAAAGACAGAGUAAAUCUAGAAUCUUAUUAGUAAGAGAUAGGGCUAAGAAGGUCCUUGGCUGUAGGCAGGUGGAGGGUUGGGACUAUUAGACACCAGUGACUUCACCCAUCUAACCAACAAUACCUCCUGCUGAAAGGGUGCCUGGCGAUUGCCAAAGCUGACUAGGAGAGCCCGAAAUACUUUGCACAGUACUACAGAAGUAUCCAUUAAGAUUAGUGCUUUUUGCACUGUACAAUACUGUGAAUUAUAGUAGCGAGCCAUGCUAUUGACAGCUACUACUUUAUGAAACGUUUUAUACUUUUUAGAACCUUCAGAGAUAUUAUGUGUAAACCUAUAGGAAAGUCAUAUAUAUUAAAUGACUCAGAUACUCAGCACAUAACAAAGACAAACAUAAAUACAAGUUCAUUUCUUAUUCUUUGCUAGCCGAAUGCUUGCCCCAAUCAGUCUUCUACCUAAUAAAAAACGUAAGUCACCACUUACAACUAGACCAGCAGAUGUUUUUUAGAGGUCCCAUUUUUUCUAAGAAAUUACUGUUAAUAUUUCGUAUUACACCUAACAUUCAUUUCUAAUGAUGACUCUCAUAAAGGUUGACUAAGAACUACAAUAGGAUCUGAUUUUUUAAUGUAAACUUUCUGUGAAAGGCUAAACCUAGAACACGGAUACAGCAACAGUGAGGACCAAUCACUGGUCUUAUAAUGCACAGGAUAUCUUCCGUGAGCUCUCACUUUUUUUUUUUUGGGGGGGGCUGAUAGUGCUGAUCCUAUCUUACAGAGCUAAGUCAUCAUAGAUGUUCUGAUUCCUGCUGAAGGAUUUUAAUAUUUUCAAGUUGUCUUUGCAUCUCAUUUGCAGUAACUGUAAUAUUUCAUAUAUGCCUAAUAUUACCAAUCUGGCUCCGUUGGCAAGUGAUGUUUAUGUUACAGUUCAUCACAGCACUGAAGUCUUGGGUUGUAUUCCUACCUCGGUGCUGUGUGGAGUUUGUAUAUUCUCCCCGUACUUGCGUGGGUUUCCUCCGUGAGCUCCGGUUUCCUCCCUCAAUCAAAAAAUAUACUGGUAGGUUAAUUAGUUCCCAACAGAAAACUGAAUGUAGUGUGUAGUUGUGUGCGUGUACAUGUGGUAGGGAACAUAGGGGGUCAUUCAGAUCUGAUCACUGGGCUGCGUUUUUUGUUGUCCUGCGAUCAGAUAGUCGCCACCUACGGGUGGCGUGUAUUUUAGCUGUACAAGUGUGCGAUCGCAAGUGUAGCUGAGCUGUUUGUGCAGUCUCUGCGCAGCCUGGGACUUACUCUUCCAGUGCGAUGGAAUCCUGCUUAUAGGGGCCGGAGCUGAUGUCAGACUCCCUCCCCCGCCCCCCUGAAAACACUUCAGGCCGCCUGCGUUUUUCCAGACACUCCCUGAAAACGGUCAGUUGCCACCCACAAAUGGCCUCUUCCAGUCAAUCAUCUUGCGCACGCCCAUGCAAAUGGAUCCUUCGCACCAUCCCGUCGCUGACCAGCAAUCCCAGUUGUAGCUGUCCGACGCGCCUGCGCAUUGUGGCACAGAUGCAUGCGCAGUUUGGAUCUGAUCGCGCGCUGAGAGAAAACGCACAGCAGCGAUCAGAUCUGAAUGACCCCCAUAUCUUGUAAGGUCCACUGGGGCAGGGACUGAUGUGAAUGGCCAAAUGUGAGCACUGCGGAAUAUGUGUGCUCUAUAUAAAUAACUGGUAAUAAUAAAUAAGGGAGAUUGCUUGCACAAAGUGUAUUUUUCCUAUGUCUUAUACCUUGCGUGAGGUUAAUAUAUCUUUAAUUCGAUGCCCAAGUUACACAAAGCACAAGUUCACUUUGGCAAUUUAUUGUGUCAUCUCAGUAAAAUGGUUAGUGUUAGCAGACUGAAAGAUUCUAUAAUAACUGACUUAUGUCUUUAAGGGGGUUACAUUAAGGUUCAUGUACACUUAGAUGAGAUGUACUAAGCAGUGAA